AAAAAAAUCAAGAUAAGGAUUUUAAGCCUCACCUUUCGUUUCCAUCUUCACAGCAUAAUAACAACAGUGUGGAGCCACUGAUUUUGCCUUCACUCCAGUUUCAAGGGCUUAAUUCGCGAAAGCCCUUUUGCGUUUGGGUGAUGAAUUUGGAGAAUGAGUGUUUUUACUGGUGAUAACUCCCUCGUGCACUGCAAAAUGGCUUCUUUAACCCCGAGCUCCACAAACAUUUCACUCACUCAAGCUGUUGCCUUCACAAGAAAGAAGAGCAACAUCUUGUCCAGACGUAGCAUCUUGCGGAAUGUCAACAAACACACGUUGCCUCUCUCAACGUCGAUCAGAUUGUUUCCCCAGUUUCAUAUUGGGUGUGUACUAAGGCCCAAGCAGAGGACUCUUGCAGUAUAUGCUUCUGGUACAGAUGUUGCUGUGGAGGAAGCAGAUGUGUCUUCAGAAACCAGUGGGGAGUCAUCUGCUGUACCUGAAACAAGUCCUGUUAAGUCUCAACGUUCGAGGCCUGCUAGAAAGAGUGACAUGCCGCCUGUGAAGAAUGAGGAACUUAUUGCAGGAGCAACUUUUACUGGAAAAGUUAGAUCAAUCCAGCCAUUUGGUGCUUUCGUUGAUUUUGGCGCUUUUACUGAUGGGCUCAUUCAUGUCUCUCAAUUAAGUGAUAGCUAUGUGAAGGAUGUUGCUAGCGUAGUUUCUGUUGGGCAAGAGGUGACAGUGAGAUUAGUAGAGGCGAACUUGGAAACAGGCCGAAUAUCCUUGAGCAUGCGUGCAGAUGACUCCAGCAGGGCUCAACAGCAAAGAGAAUCUCCAGGUGGCGGCGAUAAAUCCAGACCUCCCAGACGGACUGGCCAAAAUUCCGAUCAGAGAAGAGAAGAUCCAAAGAAGUUCUCAAAGUUCGUCAAAGACCAAGAUCUGGAGGGAACCGUCAAAAAUCUAACUAGAUCUGGUGCUUUUAUAUCUCUUCCUGAGGAUGAGGAAGGAUUUCUGCCGCAGUCUGAGGAAAAUGACGGGGGGUUUGGGACCAUUAUGGGUGUCACUUCGUUGGAAAUAGGGCAAGAAGUCAGUGUCCGGGUUUUGCGUAUUUCUAGAGGGAAGGUAACAUUAACUAUGAAAAAAGAUGAAGAUGUUAAGGAGGUGGAUUCUAAGCUCCAGGGUAAGAUGCAUACAGCGACUAACCCUUUUGUCCUAGCUUUCCGUAGCAAUGAAGCCAUAACUUCCUUUUUAGACGAAAGGGAAAGUGAGAAGCAACAAGUUGAGGAAGCAGAAGAAAUUGCAAAGGGUACAGAUGAUGUUACUGACAAAGAAACACCAAACACAGCUGAUGAUAUAAAAGCAGAAGUUGAAGAGAAAAGUGAAGAAACAGACAGCUCCUCCGCCACAGGAGAUAAUGAAGUUACUGCAGCCAUCGAUCCUGAGGAAACUGAGGAAAUUGCAAAGGAUACAGAUGCUGUUGCUGACGAAGAAACACCAAACACAGCUGAUGAUAUAAAAGCAGAAGUCGAAGAGAAAAGUGAAGAAAUAGACAGCUCCUCCGCCACAGAAGAUAACGAAGUUACUGCAGCCAUCGAUCCUGAGGAAAUUGCAAAGGAUGCAGAUGAUGGAAGUUCACAUACUGAAGACCAAGUAACGGACGAACUUUCUCAAACUGAAACUAAAGAGGACAACGAUGGUGAGGUAUCUGGAGAAGAAUCUGUUGUUUCAUCCCAGAUUGUUGAAGAAGCUAAAGAGAGUAUGGUUGAUGAUGAAACUAUUAAAGAUGAGUUAGCUGAUUCGGAACAGCAACUAUCCGGUGAGUUGACUAAUCAGACUACACCUGAUGUUAAUGACGAAGAAACACCAAACGCAGCUGAUGAUAUAAAAGCAGAAGUCGAAGAGAAAAGUGAAGAAACAGACAGCUCUUCUGUCACACAAGAUAAUGAAGUUACUGCUGCCAUCGAUCCUGUGGGAAGUGACAGCUCAAGUGCAGAAACUGAGUCCGGGGAUCUUGAAGCCAAACCUGCAGAAAGUCCUAUCACCAUCAGUGACAAUCUUGGAGCCGAUAUAGCUGUGAAUGGUGUAGAAAACCAAGCAUCUGGUGAUUCUCAGCCAAAUGGAGAUGCCUCGAGUUCAAGUGAACAAAGUAGUAAUGAUUCGCCUAAAGAAGCCGUAGUAAAAGCUACUAUAUCACCAGCUCUGGUGAAGCAGUUGCGGGAGGAAACAGGCGCAGGAAUGAUGGACUGUAAAAGAGCUCUUUCCGAGGCCGGAGGAGACAUUGAAAAAGCCUACGAGUACCUCCGCAAGAAAGGUUUAGCUAGUGCUGAUAAGAAAUCCAGUAGAGCCACAGCUGAGGGAAGAAUCGGUUCAUACAUCCACGAUAGCAGGAUCGGUGUCCUGAUAGAGGUGAACUGUGAGACGGAUUUUGUUGCUCGAGGCGACAUUUUCAAAGAACUAGUUGAGGACUUGGCCAUGCAAGUUGCUGCAUGCCCUCAAGUACAGUAUCUUAGCCCAGAAGAUGUAUCGCAAGAGUUUGUUGAUAAGGAGAAAGAGAUAGAAAUGCAGAAGGAAGAUCUGCUGUCGAAGCCAGAGCAGAUUAGGUCGAAGAUUGUCGAGGGGCGGAUAAAGAAGAGGUUGGACGAGCUUGCGUUACUUGAGCAGCCGUUUAUUAAGGAUGACAAGGUAGCGGUGAAGGACUGGGUGAAGCAGACCAUUGCUACGAUAGGAGAGAAUAUUAAAGUCAAGAGGUUCAUCCGCUACAACCUCGGAGAAGGUUUAGAAAAGAAAAGCCAAGACUUUGCUGCAGAGGUUGCUGCCCAGACUGCAGCUAAACCAGUUUCAACUUCUGCAAAACCGGAGCCUGCUGCUGCUGAGACGAAAGAAACUGUACAGGAGCCUCCGAAGACUGCAGUUUCAGCUGCGUUGGUUAAACAAUUACGCGAGGAAACUGGAGCUGGAAUGAUGGACUGCAAGAAAGCUCUCUCGGAAACGGGGGGAGACCUUGAGAAGGCACACGAGUACCUGAGGAAGAAGGGGCUUGCAGCAGCCGACAAAAAGUCAAGCCGGAUUGCUGCUGAAGGCAGAAUCGGAUCCUACAUUCACGACUCCCGCAUUGGAGUUCUGAUUGAAGUGAACUGCGAAACUGACUUUGUUGGCAGGAGUGAAAAUUUCAAAGAAUUGGUCGAAGAUCUGGCGAUGCAAGUUGCGGCCUGCCCGCAGGUGCAGUACGUGUCGGUUGAGGACGUCCCAGAAAGCAUUGUGGCCAAGGAGAAGGAGCUGGAGAUGCAGAGAGAAGACCUUCAGUCCAAACCCGAGAGCAUACGAGAGAAGAUUGUCGAUGGAAGGAUCGCGAAGAGGCUCGGAGAGCUGGCUCUUCUCGAGCAAGCCUACAUUAAGAAUGACACGAUACUCGUGAAGGACCUGGUGAAGCAAACAGUUGCUACGCUCGGGGAGAACAUCAAAGUCAGGCGGUUCGCCCGUUUCACUCUUGGGGAGAUGCGUGAUGCAGUAGUCGAAGAGCAAGCGUGAGACGCGGGGGAGAAACGGCACCGGAUUAACAGAGAGCGGUUGAGUUUUCUCAGUAGAGCUAAACCAUCUCUACACUGCAGGUAUACUUGAUUCUUUUUGUUGGAUCAGAAAGCAUCUAAAAUGUCUGAAUUUGAGAGGGAGAAGGCAUUUUACCUUGAAUUUUCGUUGUGAAAGUACUAAAAUUUUGUAGAUUAUUUAUUUGAAGAAAUACAUAUCAUGCUAUUUUUUCAAA